CUACCUCUUGUAACUCACCUCAGCCGCUUUUUGCUACGGCAAUCUAUAAUUCAUUUGUUGUAACUUAUUUAUUGGUAGAGUUCCUGUCACAUUUUAAGUGUCUUGUGUUUUCGUGCAUAAUAAAUUCUGAUCAUAACGUAUAAGGCCAUCGACAUUCCGAAUAGUUGAUAGUGACAUGUGGAGAAAUAAACACAUCUGUGAUGAAAAUUUUUUAACAUUACAAUUCAGGGUUGUGACUCACAAUCAGUGGAAACCCUAAUGAGAUAGGUUAGAUUAUUAAUCUCAAAUGGCACAAUCAACAGCUAGCGGUACGUCAUCCCGUCGAAUAACUAGGGAACAUGAUGUUUCUGUCAGCUCAACGAGCUCUCCGCGCUAUGCGGAUAGUGAAUGGGAAACCAAAGAGGCUCUACGACAAAGAGAACUGGAAGAAGCGCGAGCACGAGCUGCUCAGAUGGAGAAAACGAUGAGGUGGUGGUCGGAUUGUACGGCAAACUGGCGUGAGAAAUGGAGUAAAGUUCGUAAUGAGAGAAACAAGGCCAGGGAAGAGGCUAAGGUUCUGAGAACUAAACUUGAAAUAGCUAUUAAGGAUGCGAACACAUUCAAGCAUGAAAGGCAGGAAAUUGAGCUGCAGAAUGAACAGCUAAAAAAAGAAAUGGAAAAAAUCCAUAUGAUAUUACUGAAACAUGCAGGACAAUUUGAUCAACAAAUUAUUAGUAUAUUGGAAUCUGAUCCUCGACUCAGAGAUGCACUUGGGGUUGAUGAGCUGGUGGAAGUUUAUAACAAUGUUCAACAGAGUGAGAAAAUAGGACCUCUUCCAAAUAAGAAGGAAUUGUUUUCUCGAAAGAAUUCAGCUGAAGAAACAGGCUCUAAAUCUGAUACAGACGAAGUGCCACCACAUGACAGAGAUAUAGAAGAAUAUGUUUUACAAGGUGCAGUCCCAAAACACGCCGUGGAGUUAUAUAAGGAGAGCUCAAUAGACACCUUGGAUAGGGACAUGGUAAAGCUUGUUGGUGAGACCAAUGCAAUGCAGGAUAAGUUAGAUAAACGACAAUCGAUUAUUGAUGCAAAUGAUGAAGAGUUUCUUAUGCAGAAAAUGUCCAUGCUUCAUCUCAGAUUAGAGGAAGCGACAAAAACUAUUUCCGCUGAAAGAGAGGAAAAAUCAUCGCUACAUCGAGGAAUGGAAAAACUCAGGGCAGAAGUAAUGCAACUUAGGGAUCGUUGCGAGGAGCUACAAGAGAGUAGGGCUGAAGUGACCAGAGAACUGUUAGUACUGAAAGAUAGAUUCCAGAGUGAGCUCAGCGCGGCACAAGCAGAUCUUAUGGAUGAGGCUACAAACCGUGAAGGCAUGGAUCGACGAUUGUCCGAUCUUCGAACUGAAUUGGAAAGACUUCAGGCAGAAAAUGCCGCUGAAUGGGGUAAACGAGAGCGAUUAGAAACCGAAAAAAUAUCUUUGGAUCGAGAGAAUAAACAAUUGAGAAAUGAAUUGAAAGAAGCGUUAGAGAGGGCGGAAACGCGUCGCACUCGUCCAGUUUCUGCAUCUGAUACUGAUGUUAGGCAAAUUCAACAAGAAUUAUUGGAUCGCAAUAAGGAAGUCGUAGACCUCAAACAUUCUUAUGCAAAACUGAAGAAAAUAUUAGCUGAAAAGACAACGGAAUUGUCACAUGCCUUGAGACGAUCCGAACAAUAUGAAGCAGAAGUAAAAAGGGUGCGAGGUAGAGUGGAAGAAUUGAAAAAGGAACUUGCUUCUGCACAAGAUGAAUUAGAUACAGCAUCCAAUAAUGUUCGUCGACUUCAGAGAGCGAACGAAGACCUUUCAGAACAAUUAAGAUUAACAAAUCCUACGGAGCAUUGCAAGAACAGUUCUGAGCUAUGUGCUGAUGAAUUAGCGAAUACAAAGGAAGAUAACUUAAUGGAUGAUAGUAUGGAACAUAUUACUUCCUUGUGUCCUAAUUCAGUCGUAGCAGACUAACUAAAUUGCGAGGGAUUAAGUCUAGCCAGACUCCAUACUGCAACAGGCAUAAUACCUAUCCGCCGUAGUACCAGUCUUUCUCACGAUUUCAGUGAUGACGAUGUAAAUGACUUUUGAGGAGUAUCCUGUAAAUCUGUACAAAUAUAGAUGUCGUGUGAUUUCAUCUAACUUAAAAUCCAGAGGAGAAGAAUGGCAUUUUUAAAGCUGAUGUCAGCUGAAACUUACUGCUAUCACCCAUGAUAUGAAGAUUAUUCAACUAAUUAUCAUGGUAAAUCAGUUUCUUGAGAGAGGUAAUUGCAUCAAUUGUCCUUAAAUUUCUACAUUUACAUUAUGCUUUAACAGGUGUUUAGUGUUGUAUGUAUAACUGUACGUUAAUUUUUACACCAACGACUUUUGUACAUUUUAUAUUGUUUAUAUGAUUUUUUUUUAUAUAUUGUCUAUUGAUAAUGCUUUACAAUUUCCUUUAAGUUACUUUAGCUAAUCCAACGUGUACAGAACGAUGAAUUUUUCGUUAAUUUUAUCAACACAAUAUUAAUGAUUCGGAUUAUUUCUACAAAGACUGAUGGAGAAAGAAAGUGACGUAUUUCUUGGCUAUUACUAAUAAUUUUAAAGAACUGUAAGAUAAAUAUAUCUUGAAAGGUAAAAACCCUCAAAGCAAUAAUUUGUGUAGCAUUUAUGUAUAGUAAUUGAUUGCGAAUGUAUGCCAUAAUUAAUCACCAGAAAGGAUUGUAUGACAGAAUAAUUUCUGACAAAUUUUAUUGACAAAGUAAUCUAUGUUAUAAAUACUCGCGUUACUUAUAAAGGCAGUGAAUACAAAUACAACAUCAAUAUAAGUAUAAAGAAGAUGAAAUAACCACA